CGGAAAUACGUCAGGAAGUGUAAUCGUCGAUUUCCCGCUUCCGGUCCUGAGUCACGGUGAGGCAGAGAAUGGCUCCGCCGGGCGAUUACAAGAUGGUGGGGGAAGCGGUGGAGCAGGUGCGGAUGGAUAUGGACGAGUCCCGCGGUGGCACUGGCUUACGCCAGUAUUAUUUGUCUAAGAUUGAGGAUCUCCAGUUGGUUGUCAAUGAAAAAAGUCAAAAUUUAAGACGUCUUCAAGCUCAAAGAAAUGAGUUGAAUGCUAAAGUACGUCUUCUGCGUGAAGAACUGCAGUUGCUUCAGGAACAAGGCUCCUAUGUGGGCGAGGUGGUCAGGGCAAUGGAUAAAAAGAAGGUUCUGGUCAAGGUCCACCCAGAAGGGAAGUUUGUGGUGGAUAUUGAUAAGAAUAUUGACAUCAAUGAUGUAACACCAAAUUGCCGAGUAGCUCUGAGGAAUGACAGUUACACCCUUCAUAAGAUUUUGCCCAACAAGGUGGACCCAUUGGUGUCACUGAUGAUGGUUGAGAAAGUUCCCGACUCCACCUAUGAAAUGAUUGGUGGCUUAGAUAAGCAAAUCAAAGAAAUCAAGGAAGUAAUUGAGCUGCCUGUUAAACAUCCAGAGCUGUUUGAGGCCCUGGGGAUUGCCCAGCCUAAGGGAGUGCUGCUUUAUGGGCCACCUGGUACAGGGAAGACUCUGCUGGCCCGUGCAGUUGCUCAUCAUACAGACUGCACAUUUAUUCGUGUGUCAGGAUCUGAACUUGUACAGAAGUUCAUUGGAGAAGGAGCCCGCAUGGUGCGUGAACUCUUCGUAAUGGCUCGUGAACAUGCUCCCUCAAUUAUCUUCAUGGAUGAGAUUGAUUCUAUUGGAUCUUCGCGGUUAGAAGGAGGGUCUGGUGGUGAUAGUGAGGUCCAGCGUACAAUGCUUGAGCUGCUGAAUCAGUUGGAUGGCUUUGAGGCAACCAAGAACAUCAAGGUCAUCAUGGCAACAAACAGAAUUGACAUUUUGGACUCUGCUCUCCUGCGUCCUGGUCGUAUUGACAGAAAAAUUGAGUUCCCCCCUCCUAAUGAGGAGGCACGUUUGGACAUCCUCAAAAUCCAUUCCCGCAAAAUGAAUCUGACUCGCGGUAUCAACCUGCGCAAGAUUGCUGAAUUGAUGCCUGGCGCAUCCGGGGCUGAGGUGAAGGGUGUGUGUACGGAGGCCGGGAUGUAUGCACUACGGGAGAGGAGAGUACACGUCACACAAGAAGACUUUGAAAUGGCGGUAGCAAAGGUGAUGCAGAAAGACAGUGAAAAGAAUAUGUCUAUAAAGAAACUCUGGAAAUAAUAUGAUCGGCAAAUUCUUGGAAGGUGUCAGCAGUUCGUUUUUGUGUCUGUACAAAUGCUGCAUUAUGAUAGUGCAGCCUGGGUGAAACAUCACUUGAAGACUCCUGCCACCAUUCUGAAACUUUCAAGCAGCCAGGGGGAGUUAUUUUAAAGCAAACCCAUGGGAAACUUUGAAUUCUAUCUGUUGCUGAUGGCACAUUGUAAGGGAGGGGGAGCUGAUGGUUUAUGCCAGGGGUAGGCAAACUCGGGCCUCCAGCUGUUUUGAAACUACAAAGUCCCAUGAGACAUUGCAAGACCCUGACGAUUGCAGAUAUGACUCCUAGAGGCAGAGGCAUGAUGGGAUUUGUAGUUUCACCACAGCUGGAGGGCCGAGGUUGCCUACCCCUGGUUUUAUGCUUAUUUAGGUUUUUCACAAGUUUCCUUUUACCUACCUUUAAAAGGAAUCUCAUAUCGGUGAUAAGUUUUUAAGCAUUGAUAUACUUGAUUGGAAAAGUCCAUCAUUUUCAGUCUCUGCUGCUCCCUUUUGUACCCCCAGUAAUCUCAUUUAGGAAACCAAUUGUGAGAAAUCUGCAGGCUGCCAUUGUUGACUUGGAACAAGUAUUCAGAUAAGGACUCUGAUUUUGUGAUCUGCAUGUUUGUUCCGGGGAAAUGACUCUUGGCGACCUGAUUUUGAGAAUCUUCACGUAAUCUGUUGUCUGAAUAUUCACUUCAGUUGUGCCGUCACAUAAAUAGCAAAUCGCGUUUACUUGUUUUCAUCUGCACGUGAUUGAUUGGGUAAUUGAAGUGAAGAAUCGCACAAUUUAUUGUUUUGAAGAUUCUCGCUUCCUUUUAGUAAAUCGGCCCAAAUGUUUUGUAGCCAGAGGGGUCGGCAUUGCAGGAUAAAAACUUCCAUUUUCAGAAAAGGUUAACAAUGGCAGCCCCCCCCCCAAUAUGAAAGGUUUACUUUAAGAUAGGUGUCCAUAUGAUCACUGUAGUGUAGAUGGUAAGGAAGUAUGUAAGCGGGAAUGGGUUUCAGUAUUGUUCUUUUCAGUAAUCGUUAAACUAAAAAUGGCAUUUCUUUUUGUAACAUUGACAACAUUCUGUGAUCUGUUUUCAAUAAAGAACAGAACAAGUAAAAAAGACAAAAGCUUUUAUUUGUUAAAACAUUCAACAGUUUUUGCAGACAAAUCUUUAUUAGACACAUUUGGUCCCCACUCCCACAGCUAUGUAAACUACACAAUUUAUUAAAGUCAUAGAUAUACAAAUA